AUGCCGCAUUUGGAUGCGAGAUUACUCACGCAACAGGAAGUCUCUUCCACCAACUCUGCCACGACCCUUCUUUUUGCCCUUCUUUGCUUAACAUCUUUCGACAUUGCCGAAGCCCCUGCUCAGCAAUAUCCACAUGUAAAACAGAGUCUUCAGCGGGCAGUUUCGUCGUACGGACAGGAAUUCAUCUUUUCACCACCCACGCAUCCAGAUUCCAUUGCUGUCUGUCUCUUCCUAGCCGAAUUCAGACCCACUCUCUUGGCCACCUCACAGUUUGUCGCGCACAAGGCAGUCAGCCCCGAGGUGUACGUCCAUCUUGCCUGUAGAAUUGCAGAAAGACUCAACAUACUACCCAGACGACAUGCCUCCUUUUUUGAUGAGCUCAUGAACCCACAGAAUCUAGACUUCGAGUGGUGCUUUGCCGGUUCUGUGCAGGAAUUGAAGAUUCUUUGCCUCGAUUGUGGCCUCGAUGGCUUCUUGUCGAAGACUCUACCUGCAAUGCGGGACAUAAUUGGCCAUAUGCAGCCUCAUAUCGAUGCUUAUCGACAUGUGUUACAAUCCCGCGAGUGCUCACCAACAGUGAUUUUUCACAUUCAAUGGAACAUGUCAUUUUAUGUCCUGCUCGAGGGACUGAUAAAUGCAAAACAAUGCUGGGGUACCCCGGAGAGUUUGUUCCUGGUUGUGGAGGAGGUGGAAAGAAAGUGCCAGGAGCAAAUCCAAGUCUCUAAAUCUUUACUAGUGAACGCUACUGGUCAGGAAAGAUGGGAAGAUCUAUCAGCCGCCCGUUCUCUGCUAGAGAUGAAAUUCCACUGGGUGUUUGCUGGAAUAUGUGGUCUAGGCCUACUCUAUACCGCAGUACUGAGAACAAGGCUUAUCGAAGGAAAGAAUGACGGGGAUCCGGAUAUUAACUCAAGGGAAUCCCUCCAAAUCGUCGACCAAGUCGCCGGGAGCGUGAAUAGCCCUCCCGAUGCUCCGGGCCAGUAUCUAUCUGCAUUUCUCAGACGCUUCGGACAAGCCUAUCCGCAACAACUCGUGCGCGUGCUAGAGACGUUCCUAGAGUGCGCCGAAUUGAAGAUCGACGGCAUUGCGUUCAAUGCUCCACUUCAACAUGUGGUUUAUCCGAUCGUUUUUGUGUGCAAAAACCUUGUCGAAAACAACUUCGUGCAAGUACGGGUUUUCGGGCAUCUGGCUCGAAAUUUCGAGAAACAGCUGGAGCUGUUUUCUAAAUGUGCGAGAUGUAUUGCCAAGAUGGCAGCCUCACCGUGGAACUCAACGAAGUCUGCUUUUGCAACUGGCUGCGUCUAUGCCGCGAGUAGCAAGAUUAUCUAUGGUUUACACAGUACCCUGGAACGGCUGAGGACAGAGUUAUCACAAGGCACAAAGUGCGAUGAAGCAUUGAAUUUGUUCAACAUCUCCCUUGAUUCAAUUGAUGUUUCUUCGAUCGGCUUGAGCUCUGACCCUGGGUCUGAGCCAAUGAAUAUUUCUGGGAUGUGA